AUGGCUUUCAAAAAACAACGUUUAGAUCGACAGUUUGCCACUGAGAAUGCUAGUGUAUGCUAUGUGACCAUGGACCUGCAACAAACAAUGCCACUGCCGAAGUUAACACCAUCAAAACCCUUUUACCUUCGGCAAAUGUGGUAUUAUAACUUUGGAGUUCACACGAUCACUACUAAGGGACAUCAGACAUUUUUCUUCAACUGGACAGAAGACUGGACAGGAAGAGGCAGCUUAGAAAUUGGUAGUUGCUUGCUUAGAGAUAGCAUCAAGUGGCUUCGAGUGGAGGAGUAUAGAACCCACAUGUACAAAGAGACACUAAAUGAAGCUGACCCUUUUAUGAAAUUGAAUGUUUUGAAAACAGGAAAUAGGAAAGUUGCCAGAGAAGAAGUUACCAUAACGAGAAUAGAAGAAAAAAAGGGAAGCCUGUCCGAAGCGAAAAUAGAAAACUUGCAAGAACCGCUGAUGUAUGUCAAGGAAGAGUAUCGUUGA